GUCCUCCGACUCGGCUCCGGCUGCGAGUGGUAGCCCUGCCCGCGCCCAGCGCCAAGCCGCCGGGCUCCCCGCGCCCGACCCAGCAGCUCGGCUCCCCAGGGCCGGACUGAGGCCGCAAGCAGCGCCGCGGGGUGUGGGGCGGACCCAGGAGAUGAAAUGACAACGUCAACCCUCCAGAAAGCCAUUGAUCUGGUGACGAAAGCCACGGAGGAGGAUAAAGCCAAGAAUUACGAGGAGGCACUCCGGCUCUACCAGCAUGCUGUGGAGUAUUUCCUACAUGCUAUCAAAUAUGAGGCACACAGCGAAAAGGCCAAGGAGAGCAUUCGAGCCAAGUGCAUGCAGUACCUAGACCGGGCGGAGAAGCUGAAGGAUUACUUACGAAGCAAAGAGAAGCAUGGCAAGAAGCCAGUCAAAGAAAAUCAGAGUGAGAGCAAGGGCAGUGAUAGUGACAGUGAAGGGGAUAAUCCCGAGAAAAAGAAAUUGCAAGAACAACUGAUGGGUGCUGUUGUGAUGGAGAAGCCCAACAUUCGAUGGAGUGAUGUGGCUGGGCUGGAGGGGGCCAAGGAGGCCCUCAAAGAAGCUGUCAUUUUGCCAAUUAAAUUCCCACACUUGUUCACAGGCAAGCGUACACCUUGGCGAGGGAUACUGCUCUUUGGACCCCCUGGCACAGGGAAAUCCUACCUGGCCAAAGCGGUGGCCACAGAGGCCAAAAACUCCACCUUCUUCUCUGUGUCCUCCUCAGACUUGAUGUCUAAGUGGUUGGGGGAGAGUGAGAAGCUCGUCAAGAACCUGUUUGAGCUGGCCAGGCAGCACAAGCCCUCCAUCAUCUUCAUCGAUGAGGUGGAUUCCCUCUGCGGGUCCCGCAAUGAAAAUGAGAGCGAGGCUGCCCGAAGGAUCAAAACAGAGUUCUUGGUCCAGAUGCAGGGGGUGGGGAAUAACAACGAUGGGACUCUGGUUCUUGGUGCCACAAAUAUCCCCUGGGUGUUGGAUUCAGCCAUUAGAAGGAGGUUUGAAAAGCGGAUUUACAUUCCGCUGCCUGAGGAGGCUGCCCGUGCCCAGAUGUUCCGGUUGCAUCUGGGGAGCACUCCCCACAACCUCACGGAUGCCAACAUCCACGAGCUGGCCCGGAAGACGGAAGGCUACUCAGGUGCUGACAUCAGCAUCAUUGUGCGGGACUCCCUCAUGCAGCCUGUCAGAAAAGUUCAUUCAGCAACACACUUCAAAAAGGUCUGUGGCCCUUCCCGCACCAACCCUAGCGUUAUGAUCGAUGACCUCCUGACCCCAUGCUCACCAGGGGACCCAGGGGCCAUGGAGAUGACUUGGAUGGAUGUCCCUGGUGACAAACUCUUAGAGCCUGUGGUUUGCAUGUCGGACAUGCUCCGGUCUCUGGCCACCACUCGGCCCACUGUGAAUGCAGACGACCUCCUGAAAGUGAAGAAAUUCUCAGAGGACUUUGGACAGGAGAGUUAAAAAUUUCUUCACUCGGUGACGGUGAAGGUGGGGGGUUGAUUGGGGUAAUAAAUCCAUGGCACUCCCCAAGUCAGUGGCCAGACAGCGCUCCAGGGCUUGUCUUCACGUCACUGCAGCGUCCCCUCUGCUGUCUGGCCGCCGGCCAGGGAGCAGGCAGGAAGGGCCUCCCUGGCCACAGAGACAUAAGCACAUUCAGCACUGGGUGGAGUACUGGUCCUUCCUCCUUCCUCUCCUCCUCCUCCUCUUCUUCUGGAUGCUCACCAACUCCUUGUCCUGCCUCUCUGUGGUUUUUGUUUUUUUUUAAACCUUUCUUUGUUCCCCUAAAUUAAUGCUGCUUGGAUUUUUGUCUUGUUUAUAAAUAAAGUUCAGAUCUCCCAGAAGCGUCAAGGAGUGGGAGCAGCCCGUACUGUGGGGUUGCCGCAGACCUUCAGGAUGGCCUGCAGCUCCCUCCGCCUGUCCCUUCUAACCCGAAUUUUACUCCUUGUGAACACAAUGGCUGAUGCCCUGGGGUGCCAGCCCAAGCCCUGCCUGUGAAGGCCAAGAGUAAAACCAAGCCAUUCCCACCCUCCUAGGUCAGCAUCCCGGGCCGUAUGUGUCCCCUGCAGGAGGAGAGGGUGGUUUUUGUGAGCACAAAGCUCUAGCUCAGAAGGAGUGAAGGUAGUCAGGUGGGUUUUACUGCUGCAUUUUCUUCCCUCUCAGUGUGGGAACACUGAACCCCGCCACUGCCCCUGGCUCCCUGCCCUGGAAAUGGGCUAAUAAAUCCUUUUCCCUCUUGAGCCACCUGAGUGAUCUCAUCUUUGAUUCUUAUCCGGGCUCCUUGAAGGCCAUGCUUGCUUCCAUUAGAAAGACCCCUUGGUUUUCUCUCCGCACUCUUCUCUUCAUCAGAGGAGGGUAUUGUCACCUGCCACAGUUCCCACGCCUGUUCUCCAGUCAGGCUGGCCAGACACCCCCCCACCCCCACCCCGGGGCCUUGCACAUGUGGCACCUGGACAGUUCCUCCUGCAGAUUGGGAGGCCUGUGGCCCAGACAUGGCCUGCAGCUGUGUUUGGUUUGGUCUGCUGCCAACAUUGAAAAAUCAAGAGUUGAUGUGAAAAUGCAGAUUUCUGGCUUCUGGGAGAUUAGGCAAUGCUGGGCCUGCAUCCCCAUGAGGCAGCCUGUCGGCCACAGCCAGAGGGGCUGCCCUGCUCAGAAGCAGAACACUCUCUCCAGCUCACCCAUCUCCACAUGCACUGCUUCAGUCCUCCAGGUUGCCUGCCUAGCCCCUGUGGCCAUUUGAAUUUGUGACUCCUGAUCUCGAGACCCCCUCCCCGCCCCCCUCGAAGGCUCUAGAGCUGGCAGCCCUAGAAAUGCUGAGUAGGAGGCUGUGCUGCUUAACUGUGUGCACACGAAUACACAAAAGGCCUGCCAUCGGGCUGGUCUACUUCCCCUCCCCCUCCAGAAGCUGUGAUUAUUGCUCCAGGUCUUACUAAAACCCAGAUUGUCCAGAACUGAUGAUGUGGCCAACUCUUAGAUCACAGUAGCCUUGCACCAUGGUGGUCUUUGAUUUGGUUAGGAAUGGCUGAAUUGAGCCAACUUUUGUUGGGUUCCUUGAAGGCUUGGGCCCAGGUGCUCCUGUCCAGUGUGGGUACGUUCGCACUGCCUCAAUACCAGGUGCCUCAGCAGGCCUGACCAGGUGACGCCUUGGCAGCAACCGUGGCUGGCAUCUUUGUCACUCAGGAGUUCCCAUGGCUCUCGCUUUAGUUAGGUGCCCUCAGCCACCAGUUACUGUUGGUGAACGCUGGACUAGAAGCCAGCACAGGACACAGGACACUGCCCCACUCUUUCAUUUUAGCUACUUGUGUUUUCUUACUCUACCUCCAGUCACCUUUACUUGAAUCACAAGGUCCUUGCUUGCUUUGUUUUUAAAAUCUUCCUUUCUACUGCUCAGACACCUUGGCAAGUCACAGGGGUUAACAGAAACCGGGGCUGCUGUGGUUCAUCUUCAUAGCUCUGGUCACGGCUGUCACAGAUGCCAUGCUUCUCCAUUCCUCUCUCCACCAUCAGUGACAGGAUGCAGGCUGAUGAAUGUCCUACUCACAUGUGAGGCCAAAGUCACCGCAGACUGAUGGCAUGCCCUCACCAUCCAUGUUAUACAUGGCUCACAGGUGCAGAGGUAUUUCCUCCCCUAAAUGCUAACUCUGAAAUUCACUCUUCCCUACUUGGGAAUUCUGGCUUAAACCUUCUGUCUACCUUGGCUUUGACUUCGGUAGUUGACUUCUAAAACUUUCCUUAGCUCGAGAUGCUGAUCUGUAUGUGUGGUUAUUGUGCCUGAUACAUCUCCCUGAGGUGGGUGAGAUUUUAUGAGAAAUGCAGAUUUGCUGCUUUGGGCUGUAGUAGCUAGUUGCACAAAUCCUCCUUGGUGGAUUUGGUUAGAGUAGUAAAUCUCAUGUUGUCAGUAAUGGAGAGUUUCAGGCUUUCUCCAAGGUCCACUCUGAGCAACCACAUACUCGGGUCCCCAGGUCAGGAAGCUGCAGGCAAAUUUUACUGAUCCUCAUUACAAAGGCAUCAGUAAGGACUGUUAACCUCAGAGCACUGUAAGGAAGCUUCUGAGUAUUCUGAAGCCACCCUGCAGGAGCUUCUGAACAUUGUCCAAGGGAAAGGAGGGUCACUAAAUCCUCAUUUUCCUAAGGAUUCAUGUUUAUAGUAUAAAUGAGAGUUUUCUACAGACUUUCCCAGUGGCGGAGUAUCUAACCUCACCUUGGAGCAGUGCCGGCUCUUACUCCCUUCCAAAGUUUAAUGCAGAGAGCGCCAGUUCCCUUUUGCUUGACCUCUUAGGCCCCCAGAGGGUGGCCUGUUUAGAGAAAGCCAUACUGGGUUCGUUUAGUUAACUACUGUUUAAAACAAGUUUUUUCUAAACAACUUACUGGACUUACUACAUGGGUACUAGGAUUUUGAGAACUCUGGUAAGAGUACCCAUGUUGCAAAACUCAACAUAGAAAUGAGGCAAGACCAGUAUCUAGAGAAACAAGUUCCUUCACCUCUUGCAAAGCUCUGACAGUGUCUUAAGGCUAAUCAUUGGUCAGGGUGAUGCUAAUUUAGUUUUCCAAAAUAAGUGUGGUGACCAGGAAGCACAAGUUUUGCUUUCUUUUCUAAUUGUGACAGGAAGAGGUUCAUUGCUUCGUCAACUAUCAUCCCUCCCCUAGCCCUGAUCCAUGAGCUCCACAAAAAGAAUGAGCCAAAUAGCAGCUGCCCAAGAAAUCUUAGCAGGAAAAUCAUCCCCAAAUCUGUUAAAGGCAGAAGGUGGAGACUAAAACUUGUGAACCUGGUAAAAUGUGUGGGUACUCAUUUAUGUUAACACUGUCAUUAAACACUUCAUGAACUGUG